ACCCGUGAUUUGACUUCAGUGACCGUGCGUGAGCCCACUCUUAGUCUCGUCCCGCCUCAACUGCCAGCGGACUGCUGUUCCUCCUCAGAUGCUGAGGGAGUAGCUCAGGAAGGAGGAGGGUGGAGAGAAAAAGAAAGAAAAAAAAGAGAAAAAAAAGAUUUCAGCACCGGAGCUGUCCGCGGUUCUUGGAGAAGUCUUUAUUCCCUCCAAGGGUGAAGCUGCUUCCGACUGUAAAUUUUCUCCGUGGGACUGUGAGGGGAAGGAAUAAUAAACUACCCGUGCCAUUCAUCUCCCUGCGGGACUACCGACCUGCAAGUAAAGACGCACAUACUUCAUUCGAGCAAAGUCUUGCCAUGCUGGACGGCCGGGCUUGAGACAGAAAGGACAAAGUCAGUACAGCAGCCUUUCACUCUUAACGCCAUGGGAGUGCUCAUGUCAAAGAAGCAGCAGGUGGAGAAGGUGCAGAAAUGCAGCGCUGUCGUCUCUGCCUUCCAGUCGGGCAUUAAGGACCGUCAAGCCACAAUCAAACAGGCAGAAAAAGAACCAGAGGAAGGUGAAGGCCCUACCAAACCAUCAGCCAGUCCUGAUGAGAAGAACACAGAGGAGGCUGCACAAGAGGAAACAGACAAUAGUGCAGGUCCGUCGACCUCCCAGCAGGCCUCAGCACCGGCCAGAGAUGAGUGUAAAGUCAACCAAGAGGCUUGGUCGAGGUUGCGUGAUGGGAAAGGAGUGGAGCCUGAAGAUCUUGACAAGAGCCAUCAGCUCACGCCGCCAGCGUUUGUGCGACCCAAAAGGGAAGCCGAUGAUGACCAGCCUCUGGAGGUGGAGCUGGAAAAGAAAGAGCAGCCACCGAGUGACGAGAUGUGUGACGUGUGUGAGGUGUGGACGGCCGACGAUCUGUACCCCUGCAGAAUCUGCACUCGGGUGUUCCACGAUGGCUGCCUGAGGGAGUUGGGCUACCUGCGUGCCGAGGCCCUUCAGGAGAUGAGAGAUACAGCCCACACUGUUAACGGCUGGAGCUGCUACUAUUGUGAUAAUCUGAAUCUUCUCCUAACAGAGGAAGAGAUGUACAGCCUUAUGGAGACCUUCAAGCAGUGCAAGAUCAUCCCAGAGUCAUGUCUGGUGUCAGAUGAGCUGCUGCAGUACCGCCACUUUGCAUCCAAGCAACAGUUUGAUAAAGACUUGACUGAUGAGCAAGAGGAAGAGGUCUUGGCCCAGUUUGCAGCACUGGAUCCUGAGAAGAAGGGUCACAUCGAAUGGUCGGACUUCCUCUACUUUGAGUCUUUGGCAGUGUUAAGGAAGUUUCGAUCAGAGAACUCACUGGUACGUCUGUUGACUGCCAAGGAGAGAAACAAGGCACGAUCAGUGUUCCUGGGACUGAGUCUGGAUAAAGAGGGUGUGAUCACAAGAGCAGAAUGCCGUCAGGUUCAGCAAUCCUGGUUCCAUAAGCUCAACAAAGACUCACAGUCUUGCAACGUGAGUAUAAGUCAUGUUGGACCCAUAUGCGAGAGCAGUCCUGCCAGCUCUGACAGUGAAAGGAGCAAGACUGAUGAAAGCAGGCCAGUGACCUGGGCAGACUUUUUAAAGGAGAGUGCCAUCUACAUUUUGGCUUCACGUCCCAAUAGUUCUGCCAUGCACAUCCGUUUACCUCUAUAGUCCAGGAUCCUCCACUGCACCCCAGCAGAGAGAGGGAGAGAGAGAGAGAGAGAGAAAGAGAGAGGUAGAAGGUGUACCCUAUAGUCCACAGAUGAGCAGAGGGAGAUGAACAUGAUGACAUGAUGACACGAUGACGCGAGGAAGGCAACUGAGCAGACUGGAUGAAGCACCAAGAAACAGCAGAUCAAGCCAUCGACAGAAUCUCUCCUCCUCUGCGUCACCUCAAACCCACAACACUGACAACACACACGCUGACUGACACACCGACAACGCAAGUGACAGCAGCUGUCACAAGUCCCAGCUCCAAAACCUGACGGCUUACAACAAAUGUGAGAGAUAGGACAAGGAAGGCAACCACCCACUUGCAACUAGUCAGUCAGUCAAGGAUAUUUCUGAAACUUUUGAGUGUAGAGAUCAUGCACACAAUCAGACAGGCUCCUAGGACGCUCAAUCUCUGUAUUAAAUGACAAAUACUACACUCUAUGGUCCUCCAGCUCCUUGACACACCUCUCCAUGCAGGUGCACUCAUGUGACAGGCUGUUACUCUUUCUAGUAUUCAUUCCUUUGGGCCUAAUAACAGCUCCAUGGUAGUGGAAUGGGACUAUGUUAUUCAGCAUAAAAAUUAUUAGUCACACUACACAGAGACACAAGAGGGACAUGCAAAUUCAUUAUUGGUACUCUUUGACAAGUGGAUAGGAGGGAGGAGAUUAACCCUGCAACUGCCAUUAUCAGAACAUAUACCAAACAGGAAUGAAAGCUGUCUGCAUACAUACUAUUACGAGAACUGCUAUUCAUACCAGUAUAAAUUAUUGUUAUGCAUUAAAUCACUGUAUUUAUUCCUGUAUCCUCUGAUAUAUCCUCUGUUUUUCCCGAUCUCAUCCAAGAAUGUAUGUUCUUCUGAAGUACUAACUGUGAAAAGGGAUGUGAAGCGAACGUUAAUGAAAGCUAACCCCAGUAAGUGAUGUGUAUAUACUGCCAUAUAUUACAUAUUGUUCCUGUUGUGUUCAGAGUUGCACUUUGACAAGGUGGAAACAUUUGCCCUUCUGUGUCAUUACUUGCACUGUGGGAAUGACAUGUAGAUGGACCACUGUGUGACAUAAUCGCUGUAAUGAAAUACUGAAAGACAACGGGAAGUGUCGUGCAAGCAUUCGGUCCUUUGUUAAUAUGCAGAAAACGUGGUGGGAAGUCUAUAAUGUUACAGGUCACACAGCAGUUUAAAUGCACAUGAAUCUGUCCAUAGAGUCACUGGAAACAUUCUGUAACAAGUAGAACUUCAUGUAGUGUUUAUGCCAAGUCAUGAAGGUCAUCUUGGUGAAUAAAAUAAGGUCAUGUCAUGAAUUUUGACUGUCUGAGGGAUAUGUCACAGUGCUGAAAUAAAUGCAUGGC